UACCAUACCUCCAAAACAAUCUCCACCCUCUUUAAUUUUCCACCUCUAAAAAUGGUCGCCCCCGGUCAGGGAGGCGACGGAGCAAUCUCCGGCGGCUCCAACAUCAGAACCCUCGCCGUCCACAUCAUCACCGGGCGGUGGUUUGUGGUAUUCGCUUCACUUCUAAUCAUGGCAGCCGCCGGCGCCACUUACAUGUUCAGCUUAUAUUCCAACGACAUAAAGUCGGUUCUAGGUUACGACCAAACGACGUUGAAUUUGUUGAGCUUUUUCAAGGAUCUGGGUGCAAACGUCGGCGUUUUAUCUGGCCUUAUCAAUGAAGUUACACCGCCGUGGGUGGUUCUAUCUAUCGGUGCCGUCUUGAAUUUCUUUGGUUACUUCAUGAUUUGGCUCGCCGUUACUAAGCGGAUCUCGACGCCGAAAGUUUGGCAAAUGUGUCUCUACAUCUGUAUUGGAGCUAAUUCUCAAUCUUUUGCUAAUACCGGUUCGCUCGUUACUUGUGUCAAGAACUUUCCAGAAAGUCGAGGCGUCGUUCUCGGUAUCUUAAAGGGGUAUGUCGGGCUAAGCGGCGCCAUAAUUACGCAGCUCUUCCACGCAUUCUACGGCUCCGACACCAAAUCCUUAAUACUCCUAAUCGGAUGGCUUCCGGCGGCCAUAUCCUUCGCAUUUUUACGAACAAUUCGGAUCAUGAAAGUAAUCCGACAGCCAAACGAGCUCAAAGUCUUCUACAAUUUCCUCUACAUUUCCCUCGCCCUCGCCGGAUUCCUAAUGCUAAUGAUCAUCAUAGAAAGCAAAUUAAUAUUCACCCAAGCCGAAUUCGGUGGCAGCGCCGCCGUCGUCCUCCUCCUCCUCUUCCUCCCUCUCGCCGUCGUCAUCGUCGAAGAAUACAACCUCUCAAAACUCAAAUCCGCCGCCAUUAAUCCCCCAAACCCACUUCAAAUCCUUACAGAGAAACCCAAUCCCCCAAAAACAGAGCCCAGGAAACAACCCUCUUGCUGGACAACAAUCUUCAACCCGCCGGAGCGCGGCGAGGAUUUCACGAUUCUCCAAGCUCUGUUCAGCUUGGACAUGGCGAUUCUGUUCUUCUCUGCAAUUUGCGGCGUCGGCGGAACUUUGACGGCGAUUGACAAUCUGGGUCAGAUUGGAAUGUCCUUAGGAUACCCAAAAAGAAGCAUUAGCACAUUCGUGACACUCGUUAGUAUAUGGAAUUACCUCGGACGUGUCGCCUCUGGUUUUGUCUCUGAAAUUGUUCUAACAAAAUACAAAUUCCCACGUCCUUUAAUGCUUUCUUUAACGCUUCUUUUGUCAUGUGUCGGUCAUUUGAUCAUCGCCUUCGCCGUUCCAAAUGGGCUUUAUGUAGCUUCAAUCGUGAUCGGAUUCUGUUUCGGAGCUCAGUGGCCGUUGCUUUUCGCCAUAAUUUCCGAGCUAUUUGGGUUGAAAUAUUACUCUACGCUUUACAAUUUCGGGUCGGUGGCUAGUCCGAUUGGAUUAUACGUUUUGAAUGUGAAAGUGGCCGGGAAUUUGUACGACAAAGAGGCGGCGAAGCAGCUGGCGGCGAAAGGGCUUGUGAGAAAAACAGGGGAGGAGCUGAAAUGCUACGGCGGAGAGUGUUUUAAGCGGUCGUUUCUUGUAAUCACCGGAGUUACUUUGUUGGGUAUGUUUGUUUCGUUGAUUUUAGUGAUUAGGACGAGGGGUUUUUACAAGAGUGAUAUUUAUAAGAAGUUUCGAGAUGAAGCUGAAGCAGAGGUGGUCGGAAAUGGCGCUGUGGCGGCCGCCGGAGCACCGGAGGAGACGAGAAGCCGAUAGGGGUGUGUUUGGCGGGAAAGAAAAUGAGGUGAAAUCCGCCGGAGCGGCGGCGGAGACGAGGAACCGACAGGGAUGGGUUUGAUUUGAGAGUGAAGAUUUUUGUUGUCCUUUGUCGAAACAUUAAAAUUUCCGAACUUUGUGAGAAAAUAAUUUACAUGUUUCAUCGCUAAGUUUCUAAUAGAAGAUAUUAUUGUAAUUUUCAUA